AUGCCUGCAUCAACAGAGGUGCAAAGCCCCUUGCCGGGCAAAGAGCAGGUGGUCAAUGAUGCCCCCAAAGUCAUCAAAGAAUUACAUUUUGGUGUCUUGUCGGAUCAGGACAUAAUCAACCAGUCCCAGGUCGAACUCGCCGACCGUCGGAUGUUUGAUCUCGACAAAGGUCGCACAUAUGCCGAAUACGGACCCCUCGACAGACGCAUGGGUGUCUCGGGCAAACGAGACAUAUGCCAGACUUGCGGAGAGCAGUUGCAGACCUGUAACGGCCAUUUUGGACACGUCAAACUCGUCCUACCAGCCUUCCAUGUGGGCUACUUCAAGAAAGUCAUACAAAUUCUUCAGAGCAUCUGCAAGGCAGGGAUCCCGUUCAAGUCAGACUGCUCGGCCAUCCUCCUUUCCGAGGCGGACCGAAGAAAGUACAUCAACGCUUUGCGAAGAGCCGGCAACGAUAGCCUGCGACAAGCUGCCAUUGUCAGAAAAGUGGCGGACCAAUGUCGGAAAACAAAAGUCUGCUUCGACUGUGGUGCCAUCAACGGCUUGGUGCGAAAAGCUGGCACACAUGCGCUUAAAAUUUCUCAUGACAAGUUCAAAUCAUUCAACUCUUCGACAGCAGCCAAAAAGCAGCCACCGCCCGCAAAGAUAGAGUUUGACAAGUCUUUCGAGACAGCGAAGGCGUCGAAUUCGGAAAUCGAGAAACACCUCAAAAAGGCCAUGGAUGACCUGAAUCCUCUCCGGGCGUUGAAGCUAUUCAGGCGCAUACACCCCUCAGAUCGUGAGCUGCUCGGUUUACGAUCUGCCAAACCCGAAUCUUUCCUCUGGCUGUAUAUCCCCGCUCCGCCAGUGUGUAUCCGGCCUUCCGUAGGACAAGAAGCAGCAAGUACAGAGGACGACAUCACAGCCAAAUUGGGCGACAUCGUGGCGGCAAAUAAUGCACUGAGAGAGGCCAUCGAGAAAGGGGCACCUGUCCAGUCUGUUGUUGAACAUUGGGACUAUCUGUCGCUCCAACUCGCCAUGUACAUCAACAGCGACGUGCCGGGUUUGGCGAAGGGAGAGUUCGGCAAGCAGAUCAGAGGCUUUGUCCAGCGGUUAAAAGGCAAGCAAGGCCGUUUUCGUGGAAACCUGUCAGGGAAACGUGUCGAUUUCUCAGGCCGUACUGUCAUCUCUCCCGACCCGAACCUAAGAAUCGACGAGGUCGCGGUUCCGGAACUGGUGGCGAAGAACAUGACCUAUCCAGAAGUGGUCAACGAAAUUAACAUUGAAAAAUUGCGGCAACGUGUGCGCAAUGGUACCAACAUCUGGCCAGGGGCCAAUUACGUUUACAAACCUGACGGCGACUUCCGAGUCUUCCUUAAAUUUGGUAAACCGGCGCUGAUUGCGAAAGAGUUGAAGGAGGGCGAUAUUGUCGAGCGCCAUCUCGAGGACGGAGAUAUUGUCUUGUUCAACCGGCAGCCAUCUCUUCACAAGCUCAGUAUCCUCAGCCAUUUUGUCAAAGUUCGACCUCAUCGGACAUUUCGGUUGAACGAAUGUGUGUGCAAUCCCUACAAUGCUGACUUUGACGGAGACGAAAUGAACCUUCACGUCCCUCAGACUGAAGAGGCGAGAACAGAAGCAACAUUGUUGAUGGGUGUCAAGCACAACAUUGUCACUCCGAAGAACGGUGAGCCUAUCAUCUCGGCUAUCCAGGAUUUCAUUACCGCUUCUUUCCUUCUGAGCAGCCUGGAUCAAUUCUUCGACAAGAAAACGUUCGUGACCAUGUGCGUUGGGAUGUUGGAGCCCGAGACCAAGUUCGAGCUUCCACCACCUGCAGUUAUCAAGCCGCAGACUCUUUGGACGGGUAAGCAAGUCUUCAGCAUCUUGAUGAGGCCGAACAAGCAAUCCCCGGUGACGGUCAACCUCGACGCCUCAUGCAGAGACCACAACCAAUACCACCCUGACUUACAUCGAGAUCUCCAAGAUGACAGUUUCUUGUGCAUCCGCAACUCCGAGGUCUUGUGUGGCAGAAUGGACAAAGCAACAGUGGGAUCCGGGAAAAAGAACUCUGUCUUCUACAUCCUGUACCGUGACUUUGGACCAGACGCGGCAGCUCAAGGCAUGAACCGCCUGUCCAAACUUUGUGCCAGGUGGCUUGGAAAUCAAGGCUUUACUGUUGGCAUCAGCGACGUCACACCACCAGACCUGCUCGUCAAGGCUAAGGCUGAAAUGAUCGCUAAAGUCUUUGAAGAAUGCAAGGCCUUUGUGCAAGCAUCCAAGGCAGGCAAGCUCAAGAGGAAGGCCGGCCUCGAUGAUGCAGGUACUUUGGAAGCAGAACAGGUCCGAGUCCUGAGUACUGUUCGAACAAACAUUGCAGGUGUUUUGACGUCUGAACUCAGUAAGAGAAACACACCUAUGAUCAUGGCUAUCUCUGGAUCCAAAGGCUCGAACAUCAACGUCGCCCAGAUGGCAGCUCUCCUGGGACAGCAAGAUAUCGAAGGAAAACGAGUAGGGGAUGGGUUCCAAGACCGAACCUUACCUCAUUUUGCGAAGCAUGAACGAUCUCCCCCAUCUAAAGGGUUCAUCUCGAACAGCUUUUUCAGCGGACUCUUACCCUACGAAUUCUUGUUCCACGCAGUUGGUGGGCGUGUUGGUCUGGUCGACACGGCCGUGAAGACUGCCGAAACUGGUUACAUGUCACGUCGACUUAUGAAAUCUCUGGAGGACCUGUCUACUCAGUAUGACCACACCGUGCGCAAUUCGGCCUCCAACAUCGUCCAGUUCCUGUUUGGUGAUGACGAGCUUGACCCUGUUGACAUGGAGGCAAGUGCGAAGCCCGUGGACUUUGAGCGCACCUAUGCGCACGUGGAAGCGAUUACCUUUGACACGAAUGAACCUGGUCUGUCGGCUGCCGACAUCCACUCUGUUCUGGAAGAAAUACUGGCUCCAAAACGCAAUCUUCUCACCAGGUUCGACUUCAAUGGCACAGAACUUCCCUUCGAUACCGAUGACGAUCGAUUGGUGGAUCAAAGUGAGAGUCACCGUGCAUUUCUGCAAUCUAUCUAUGACUUUGUCAUGGCGAAGGCGCGAUAUUUCGAGGAGGCAAGGGUACAGAAAAAGCAAUACGCUCUUCCGCCAUCGUGGACGUCCAGUGGCAGCAAGAGAAAAGCCGAGACCGACCCUGACGAAGCCGGAAACGAAGCCUCGGUCGCACCAGAGCGGCGUUCUAGCCGGAAAGGCCUUGUCGCAGCCGCAAAUACCCCUAAAGCUGUUAAGAAGCAGAAGAAAGUGCCGUCAGAUGAUCAGACAGUCACGAAGGUUCAGGCGUCUCCUUCCACCAAGGACCGCUUUGAAUUAACCUGCAAGGUCUCUGAGAGGACACUACGAGGCUUCAUCAAUUUGUGCUUGGAAAAAUACGAAAGAGCGAGGACCGAGCCAGGCCACGCUGUGGGAGCUGUCGGGGCGCAGUCCAUAGGCGAGCCAGGCACUCAGAUGACUCUCAAAACUUUCCAUUUUGCUGGUGUUGCUGGCAUGAGUUUGACGGCAGGUGUCCCACGUAUCAAGGAAAUCAUCAACGCAUCGAAAGACAUCAGCACACCCGUGAUAACCUGCCGCCUGGAACGCAGAAGAGAUCUGUCGAUACCCGAGUCGCUGGCUAGAAUUGUGAAGGGCAGGAUCGAAUGCUUGUAUCUCGAGGACAUUACCUCCUACAUUCAAAUCAGCCACUCUCUAGACCGGCCAAGUUGCAUCUACCUUCGAAUCUCCUUGGACACUAUCACCGAGCUGGGCCUCGACCUUACUCUUCAAGACGUUUGCAAUGCCAUUCAGAAACACCGUCAACUCAAAGCUGCGAAACUGCGAAUUCAAAUCAAAGGCCAAGAUGAGCUGAAGAUCUCAACGGAUGCGCCGAUAAAGUCGACGAAGCGUGGCACAGCUGCAAAGAUUGACGAAGAUGGGCAAAACGAACGACUGAUCCGUCUUCAGACGUUGCGUCGUGUUCUUCCCAGUGUGCACGUUCUUGGUCAUCCUCUGGCAACUCGAGCGGUAGUCACUGCGGAAGAUGAUCCAAGGGCAGACGAGAUCAAGGCGCUGCGCCGAGCUGCAGAGCGCGCAAGGGCCGAGAAACAGCGGGCCACUACCUCGUCCACGGAGCCAGACGUUAAAGAUGAGAAUGGCAAGAUUAAGGUUGAGGAACCGACUCAAACCGUCAUACCAACCCCAUCGGCAGACGACGGCAAACCUGUUCAGAUGCACAAAGUCAUGGUCGAGGGAUACGGCUUGCGCUACUGCAUGAACACCGAGGGCGUUGACCCAUAUCACACCCAUACAAACUCGGUGAUGGAAACGCUGCAAGUCCUCGGAAUCGAAGCCGCACGCGCCAAAAUCGUCCUGGAGAUCCAAGAAGUCAUGAAAAGUCUUUCCAUCGACCCGCGUCACAUGGCGUUGCUUGCUGACGUGAUGACCUACAAAGGCGAGGUACUUGGUAUCACCCGAUUUGGCCUGGCCAAGAUGCGUGACAGCGUGCUUCAGCUUGCCAGUUUCGAAAAGACGGCCGAUCAUGUGUUUGAUGCCGGUAUUGCUGGCAAGAUUGACAAGAUUGAGGGUGUGAGUGAGUCUGUCAUUGUGGGCAAGACCAUGGGAGUUGGUACCGGGAGCGUCGAGGUUGUCAGAUACCUGAAUAUCGGUGGCAAGGAUAAGAAGAAGAGACCGACCGUCUUUGAGGAUGCGUGGGGCAAGGCGGACCGAGCGAGGGAGCGGAAGAAGAAGCAAUGA